AUGUCGAGAUUCGGGUUAGUUAUUGUGACGAUUCUUGUGAUUCUAGGUUCUGUGAGCUUUUCAGAAGCUCAACUGAAGUUAGGGUUUUACGACAAAACUUGCCCUAACGCAGAGAAGAUCAUACAAGCUGUUGUCAACCAACAUAUCGGCAAUGUACCCUCUUUGGCUGCUGGCCUUAUUAGGAUGCAUUUCCACGAUUGCUUCGUUCGGGUAUUCUUUAUUUCCUUAUCAAAAUUUUAUAAAUCCCAUAUUAGAGGUUUCGACUUUAUCGAUUUAGUGAAGUCUAUUCUUGAAAAGAAGUGUCCUGGUAUUGUCUCUUGCGCCGAUAUCAUCACUCUCGCUACUAGAGACUCUGUUGUUGCCAUUGGUGGACCAACAUGGAGUGUUCCCACAGGACGCAGAGACGGACGAAUCUCUAAUGCUACAGAGGCUUUGAACAAUAUUCCUCCUCCUUUCGGAAACUUCACAACUCUUAUAACUCUCUUUGGAAACCAAGGACUUGAUGUGAAAGACCUCGUCUUAUUAUCCGGUGCGCACACAAUCGGAGUGUCUCAUUGCUCCUCAUUCUCCAACCGUCUCUUCAACUUUACCGGCGUCGGAGACCAAGAUCCGUCGCUCGACAGCGAAUACGCAGCCAAUUUAAAGACACGGAGAUGUUUAUCUCUCGCCGACAAUACCACGAAGGUCGAAAUGGAUCCCGGUAGUAGAAACACCUUCGACCUUAGCUACUACCGGCUCGUCCUGAAACGUCGUGGACUUUUUGAGUCUGACGCGGCGUUGACUAUGGAUCCGACGGCGUUGGCUCAGGUCAGACGCUUUGCCGGAGGAUCGGAUCAACAGUUCUUUGACGAAUUCGGAACGUCAAUGGAGAAAAUGGGAAGGAUUGGGGUCAAAACCGGGUCGGAUGGAGAGAUCCGAAGAACCUGUUCAGUGGUUAACUGAAAAUGUUUCUUCAUUUUUCGUUUUUUUUUUUAAUCCUUUUUGUGUGAUUUUUUGUUUUUUCCACUGCUUUGGGUGUUUACAAUUUGGAAAUUUGUAUUUAUGGUGGUGAAAAUCUGAUUUUCGAAUAAAUUUGUGAAAUCGUUGUAAUAAAUUUUCCAAAUGGUUACAAAUAAAAAGAAUGAGUAGAAUGGGAGUAAUAAUUGAAGAGUUGAAUAAAAAUG